AUGUCCUUGUCCAACCGUGCAGACUUGGAGGAGACAUCCCCUCGUCCACCUCAAGAUGUCUCUUCCCGCUUGGAUGGCAUCUGCGAAGGUCCAGCAGCUUUGCAAUCUGAAACGUCUAAUAGUGACAAGAAUGGAACUCAUUACCCCCAUGUGGUUGGGAAAGGUGGCACUCCGGACUCCGUUUCGGUUCCUGAAUUGCAAUCCAUCCGCCGCGAACCGUGGAACAAUUUCUGUCGGCAAUACGGGAACCGUCCAGUGGGUUUCUGCCCCUGGCGUCGUAACCGCCAUACCGGAAGGCGUACGGGACUUGGUUCCUGAGAGGGUCAUCCCCAAUUGCAUGGACGGUGCCUGACUGACUGACUGACUGACAAUCUGUUGCUUUCUUCAGCUUUGGUUAUGGGUGUCAUGCAGUCUGGCCCUUGAUUGCUGGAUCGUCUGUGGGAGAGGGCCAGGAACCACGGUCUCAGCUGCGGUACUAUUUUUACCUGGCUGCUUUUUAUGACUUGGUUCAACUUUCAAG